AUGGGACUCUCCAGGCAAGAAUACUGGAGUGGGUUGCCACGCCCUCCUCCAGGGGAUCUUUCUGACCCAAGGAUGGAACCUGAGUCUCUUACUUCUCCUGCAAUGGCAGAUAUUGCUGUUGAUGCUACAACCUGCUGGGUCUGUGGGUUGACGGUGGCCUUUCCCUCUGGGAGUCUCCCAGUGGCCAUGAAGCAAGGUCCCUGCCUUGUCACACUUCUCCAAGUUGCUAAGUCUUGUUUGACUCUUUGUGACCCCGUGGACUGCAGCACACUCGGCUUCCCUUUCCUGCCCAGGCUGCGUCUAUCACACAAGCUGUAA